CCAAGAUGGCAAAACGGAAACAUGCUGAUGUUCAAAAUAGCACUUCUAAAAAGAAAACCAAGGAAGAUAUUAUACUCCCUGCCUCAAGAUCGUCCGACGAACCUGUAGAAAAGAAGUCAAGAUGGAUCAACAAAGAGCGGGUGUUAAUCUUCAGCUCAAGGGGAGUGUCAUACCAGGCAAGACACCUCAUGAAUGAUCUGAAGAACCUCAUGCCACAUUCUAAAGGAGAUACCAAGAUGGAUAGAAAAGACAAGUUGUUUGUAAUAAAUGAGAUGUGUGAGAUGAAAAACUGUAAUAAAUGCUUAUUUUUUGAAAUGAAGAAAAAACAAGAUUUAUAUAUGUGGAUAUCUGGUGUUCCUAGGGGUCCAUCUGGCAAGUUUUUGGUGGAGAAUGUUCACACAAUGGAAGAGCUGAAAAUGACGGGAAACUGUUUAAAAAGUUCAAGACCUUUGCUGUCUUUUGAUGAGAAGUUUGAAACGGAACCACAGUAUGCCUUAAUGAAGGAACUAUUAAUACAAACAUUCAGCACACCUAAUCAUCACCCCAAGAGUCAGCCAUUCACAGAUCAUGUUUUCACAUUCUCAAUAAUGGACAAUAGAAUUUGGUUCAGAAACUAUCAGAUUUUAGAGGAAGAUGGAUCAUUAGCAGAAAUAGGUCCAAGAUUUGUUCUGAAUCCAAUCAGGAUCUUUGAGGGCAGCUUUGGUGGGCCCACCUUGUAUCAGAAUCCUCACUAUGUCUCCCCUAAUGAAUAUCGACGAAGCUUAAAAUCAAAGUCAGCUUACAAAUACUUAGAUCACAGACAAGCCAAGGAUUCCCGAAAACAGCGCACUAGUAAGACUACCUACAAUGCUGAUAAAACUGAGGAUGUUUUCAAAACUUCAACAGAUUAGUUCUAUGGACGGUCAAACCUGUAUGUGAACAAACCUCAAUGGGAAUGUCUUCAUAUGGGUCCCAUUUUAGAUAUCCCAUUGACAGAACUUCUCGUUAACUGUGUGUACACAUGACAAUGUGAAUACUGUUAUAAUUCAAUCCAGAAGCAUUCACACAAUAUAAAUGUAUAUGAAUCAUGGUAGCAAGAUGGAGAGGUUGUUUAAACUCAAAGAUUUGGAUUCAUCUAAACUGUAUUCAUAGUAUACUCAAAUACUGAAACUUAAGUGAAUAUAAAUAAAAAAGGAUUUAAA